AUGUCGGCUCCGGUCGGGCCGCGGGGCCGCCCGGCUCCCACCCCGGCGGCCUCUCAGCCGCCCCUGCAGCCCGAGAUGCCCGACCUCAGCCACCUCACGGAGGAGGAGAGGAAAAUCAUCCUGGCCGUCAUGGAUCGGCAGAAGAAAGAAGAGGAGAAGGAGCAGUCGGUGCUCAAGGUCAAAGAAGAGCACAAACCACAACCGACACAGUGGUUUCCCUUUAGUGGGAUCACUGAACUGGUAAAUAACGUUCUUCAGCCCCAGCAAAAACAACAAAAUGAAAAGGAGCCCCAGACAAAACUUCAUCAGCAGUUUGAAAUGUACAAGGAGCAGGUGAAGAAGAUGGGAGAAGAAUCACAACAGCAGCAAGAACAGAAGGGUGAUGCCCCAACCUGUGGUAUUUGCCACAAAACAAAAUUUGCUGAUGGAUGUGGCCAUAACUGUUCAUAUUGCCAAACAAAGUUCUGUGCUCGUUGUGGAGGUCGAGUGUCAUUACGCUCAAACAAGGAGGACAAAGUGGUUAUGUGGGUAUGUAAUUUGUGCCGAAAACAACAAGAAAUCCUCACUAAAUCAGGAGCAUGGUUUUAUAAUAGUGGAUCUAACACAUCACAGCAACCUGAUCAGAAGGUUCUCCGAGGACUGCGGAAUGAGGAGGCACCUCAGGAGAAGAAAGCAAAAGUGCAUGAGCAGGCCCAGUUCCAAGGACCCUCAGGUGACUUAUCUGUACCUGCAGUGGAGAAAAGUCGCUCUCAUGGGCUCACAAGACAGGAUUCUAUUAAAAAUGGGUCAGGAGUGAAGCACCAAAUUACCAGUGACAUAGCUUCAGACAGGACACGAAGUCCAUCCAUAUCCCGAGAUCAGAAUAGAAGAUACGACCAAAGAGAAGAAAGAGAAGAAUAUUCACAGUAUGCUACUUCAGAUAACGCCAUGCCUAGGUCUCCAUCAGAUUAUGCUGAUAGGAGGUCUCAGCGUGAACCUCAGUUUUACGAAGAGUCUGACCAUAUAAAUUACAGGGACUCCAACAGGAGAAGUCAUAGGCAUUCCAAAGAAUACAUUGUAGAUGAUGAGGACGUGGAGAGCAGAGAUGAAUAUGAAAGGCAACGGAGAGAGGAGGAAUACCAGGCACGCUAUCGAAGUGACCCGAAUUUGGCCCGUUAUCCAGUAAAGCCACAGCCCUAUGAAGAACAAAUGCGUAUUCAUGCGGAAGUGUCCAGAGCAAGGCAUGAGAGAAGGCAUAGUGAUGUUUCUUUGGCAAAUGCUGAACUGGAAGAUUCUAGGAUUUCUAUGCUGAGGAUGGAACGGCCAUCAAGGCAAAGAUCUAUAUCUGAACGUAGAGCUGCCAUGGAAAAUCAGCGAUCUUACUCAAUGGAAAGAACUCGAGAGGCUCAGGGACCAAGUUCUUAUCCACAAAGGACCACAAACCAUAGUCCUCCCACCCCCCGGAGGAGUCCAAUACCCAUUGAUAGACCAGACAUGAGACGUACUGACUCACUGAGGAAACAACACCACUUAGAUCCCAGCUCUGCUGUGAGGAAAACAAAACGGGAAAAAAUGGAAACAAUGUUAAGGAAUGAUUCUCUCAGUUCCGACCAGUCAGAGUCAGUGAGACCUCCACCACCAAAGCCUCAUAAAUCAAAGAAAGGAGGUAAAAUGCGCCAGGUUUCGUUGAGCAGUUCAGAGGAGGAAUUAGCUUCCACACCUGAAUACACGAGUUGUGAUGACGUUGAGAUUGAAAGUGAGAGUGUAAGUGAGAAAGGGGACAGUCAAAAGGGAAAAAGAAAAACUAGUGAGCAGGCAGUUUUGUCGGACUCUAACACCAGGUCUGAGAGACAAAAGAAAAUGAUGUACUUUGGUGGCCACUCUUUGGAAGAGGACUUGGAAUGGUCUGAGCCUCAGAUUAAGGACUCUGGGGUAGAUACCUGUAGUAGCACAACCCUUAACGAGGAGCAUAGCCAUAGUGAUAAGCACCCUGUGACGUGGCAGCCAUCUAAAGAUGGAGAUCGUUUAAUUGGUCGCAUUUUGUUAAACAAGCGUCUAAAAGAUGGAAGUGUGCCUCGAGAUUCAGGAGCAAUGCUUGGCUUGAAGGUUGUAGGAGGAAAGAUGACUGAAUCAGGUCGGCUCUGUGCUUUUAUUACCAAAGUAAAAAAAGGAAGUUUAGCUGAUACUGUAGGACAUCUUAGACCAGGUGAUGAAGUAUUAGAAUGGAACGGAAGGUUUUUGCAAGGAGCCACGUUUGAAGAAGUGUAUAACAUCAUUCUGGAAUCCAAACCUGAACCACAAGUGGAGCUUGUUGUUUCAAGACCUAUUGGAGAUAUCCCUAGAAUCCCUGAUAGCACACAUGCACAACUGGAGUCCAGUUCUAGCUCUUUUGAAUCUCAAAAAAUGGAUCGCCCUUCUAUUUCCGUUACCUCUCCCAUGAGUCCAGGCAUGUUGAGGGAUGUUCCACAAUACUUAUCUGGACAACUUUCAAGCCAAAGCCUUAGUAGAAGAACAACGCCUUUUGUUCCUAGGGUUCAGAUAAAACUAUGGUUUGACAAGGUUGGUCAUCAAUUAAUAGUUACAAUUCUGGGAGCAAAGGAUCUCCCUUCCAGGGAAGAUGGGAGGCCAAGGAAUCCUUAUGUCAAAAUUUACUUUCUUCCAGACAGAAGUGAUAAAAACAAGAGAAGAACUAAAACAGUAAAGAAAACAUUGGAACCCAAAUGGAACCAAACAUUCAUUUAUUCCCCGGUCCACCGAAGAGAGUUUAGGGAGCGAAUGCUAGAGAUUACGCUCUGGGAUCAAGCUCGAGUUCGAGAGGAAGAAAGUGAAUUUUUAGGAGAGAUUUUAAUUGAAUUAGAAACAGCAUUAUUAGAUGAUGAGCCACAUUGGUACAAACUUCAGACCCAUGAUGUUUCUUCAUUACCACUUCCCCACCCUUCUCCAUAUAUGCCACGACGACAGCUGCAUGGAGAGAGCCCAACAAGGAGGUUGCAAAAUAAAGCCUUAUGUUCAUAUAUUUCAGGGUCAAAAAGAAUAAGUGAUAGUGAAGUUUCUGACUAUGACUGUGAUGAUGGAAUUGGUAUAAUAUCAGAUUAUCGACACAAUGGUCGAGAUCUUCAAAGCUCCACAUUAUCAGUACCAGAACAAGUAAUGUCAUCAAACCAUUGUUCACCAUCAGGGUCUCCUCAUCGAGUAGAUGUUAUAGGAAGGACUAGAUCAUGGUCACCCAGUGUCCCUCCUCCACAAAGUCGGAAUGUGGAACAGGGGCUUCGAGGGACACGAUCUGCUGCUGGACAUUAUAAUACAAUUAGCCGAAUGGAUAGACAUCGUGUCAUGGAUGACCAUUAUUCUCCAGAUAGAGACAGUCAUUUUCUUACUCUACCUCGCUCCAGAUACAGUCAGAACAUUGAACAUCAUCACAGGGAUGGCAGGGAUUGUGAAGCAGCAGAUAGACAGCCAUAUCACAGAUCCAGAUCAACAGAACAACGGCCUCUCCUAGAGCGGACCACCACCCGCUCCCGAUCCACUGAGCGUCCUGACACAAACCUCAUGAGGUCGAUGCCUUCAUUAAUGACUGGAAGAUCUGCCCCUCCUUCACCUGCCUUAUCGAGGUCUCAUCCUCGUACUGGGUCUGUCCAAACCAGCCCGUCAAGUACUCCAGUGGCAGGACGAAGGGGCCGACAACUUCCACAACUUCCGCCAAAGGGAACAUUGGAGAGAAACAAUGGAGUCAAGGAGAUAGAACCUUAUGAAGGUCUGUACAUAAAGGAGGUUAAUGAAGAGACUGGGCAUGUGGAGGAGCAGUGGGGAGAAAAGCAGGGUGAAGAGGUCAAGGCAGGUGCUAUGGAUAUAGAGGAGAGAAAUCGCCAAAUGAAAAUUAACAAAUACAAACAGGUAGCCGGAUCAGAUCCCAGACUGGAGCAAGAUUACCAUUCAAAGUAUCGAUCAGGAUGGGAUCCUCAUAGAGGGGCAGAUAAUAUUUCCACUAAAUCUUCGGACAGUGAUGUAAGUGAUAUAUCUGCGGUUUCAAGGACUAGUAGUGCUUCUCGUUUCAGCAGCACGAGCUACAUGUCUGUCCAAUCAGAACGGCCAAGAGGAAACAAGAAAAUCAGGCCAAAGGGAAUAGAAGAGGGAGGGCAAGAAGGGGAUAAGCACGAAGAGAUAGUUCAUGAGAAGGAAGAGGUAAAGGAAGAAAAAGUUAAUGAGAAUGAGAAAGGGACAGAGAUCACAAAAACAUGUGAUAAGGAAAAAAACAGAGAAUCAGGAGACAAGGCAAAAGCACAAGAUAUACCUGAGCAAGGGAAAGAAAAAGAACAGUGGAAUAAAGAGGAUUUGCAAGGACGAUUUUCACAAGCUGAUGACAGUGUCUUUACAUCCAAAAUGCAAAGCAGACAAAUGGGCAUCUCCGGCAAGAACAUGACCAAAAGCACCAGCAUCAGUGGAGACAUGUGCUCGCUGGAGAAGACGGACGGCAGCCAGUCGGACACGGCGGUGGGGGCCCUGGGCACCGGCGGCAAAAAGCGACGCUCUAGCAUUGGGGCCAAAAUGGUAGCUAUUGUUGGCCUCUCCCGGAAAAGUCGCAGUGCUUCUCAGCUCAGCCAAACGGAAGCAGGAGGUAAAAAGCUACGGAGCACUGUCCAGAGGAGCACGGAAACGGGCCUGGCUGUGGAGAUGAGGAACUGGAUGACUCGCCAGGCAAGCCGAGAAUCGACCGACGGCAGCAUGAACAGCUAUAGCUCAGAAGGAAAUCUGAUUUUCCCUGGUGUCCGCCUGGCCUCCGAUAGCCAGUUCAGCGAUUUCCUGGAUGGCCUUGGCCCUGCCCAGCUAGUGGGGCGCCAGACUCUGGCUACACCUGCAAUGGGUGACAUUCAGGUAGGAAUGAUGGACAAAAAGGGACAGUUGGAGGUGGAAAUCAUUCGGGCUCGUGGCCUUGUUGUAAAACCAGGUUCCAAGACACUGCCAGCACCAUAUGUGAAGGUGUAUCUGUUGGAUAACGGAGUCUGCAUAGCCAAAAAGAAAACAAAGGUGGCGAGAAAAACACUGGAACCCCUUUACCAACAGCUAUUAUCUUUCGAAGAAAGUCCCCAGGGGAAGGUUUUACAGAUCAUUGUCUGGGGAGAUUAUGGUCGCAUGGAUCACAAAUCCUUUAUGGGAGUGGCCCAGAUACUUUUAGAUGAACUGGAGCUAUCCAAUAUGGUGAUUGGAUGGUUCAAACUUUUCCCCCCUUCCUCCCUAGUAGAUCCAACGUUGGCCCCUCUGACAAGAAGAGCUUCCCAAUCCUCUCUGGAAAGUUCAACCGGACCUUCUUACUCUCGUUCAUAGCAGCUGUAAAACUGUUGUCAUAGCAACCAGCGUUACAAAA